ACAGAAGAGAAGUUGGCAUUAGCGAAGGGCAAUGACGGAUCGACACGUAUAAGGCAAACUGUGCUCUUUUCCUCUCAGGCAUCCCUUUUGAAGUAAGCCAUACUUCUGCAAAACCCUGAACCCCAUGUGGCCAUUUCUGUGCUUUAUUUACUGAUAAAUAUACUAAAAAGGACCAAUACUUGUAAGCCAAACUCCAACCUUUCAGCUUGCCGUCAACAAUGGAGUCUGUGUUUGCCAGCCCUAACCUUUCCCCAGCAAUCCCCAGACACACUCACAAAUGCCCUGCAAUUCGCACUCUUACCGUUAGUUUUUCGAAGGGUCUUACUUCCUCCCUCCGUGGCGCUUCAAGGCGGUCCUCACUUCGACCCUUCCCUGUACCUGCAGCUGUCCGCUGCGAGGCCUCUUCCUCUCUGCGUCGUCCGGAAUACACCCCUAACCGGAUCUCCGACCCCAAUUAUGUUCGCAUUUUUGACACCACCCUCCGGGACGGCGAACAGUCCCCUGGCGCCACAAUGACCUCCACGGAGAAGCUCGCCGUAGCCCGGCAGCUCGCCAAACUUGGAGUCGACAUAAUUGAGGCCGGAUUUCCUGCUUCCUCCGAGGCUGACCUUGAGGCCGUCAGGAUGAUUGCAGAGGAGGUCGGCUGUGGGGAGGGUGAUCACGCCCCCGUCAUCUGCGGCCUUGCCAGAUGCAAUAAGAGAGACAUAGACAAGGCCUGGGAGGCCGUAAAGCAUGCUAAGAAGCCUAGGAUCCACACCUUCAUCGCCACCAGUGAAAUCCACAUGAAGUUUAAGCUCGAAAUGUCCAAGGAACAAGUGGUAGAGAAGGCAACUAGCAUGGUCGCUUAUGCCAGGAGUCUGGGUUGCCAGGAUGUUGAAUUUAGCCCAGAAGAUGCUGGCAGAUCUGAUAGGGAGUUUCUUUAUGAGAUACUUGGAGAAGUUAUUAAAGCUGGCGCAACAACCCUUAAUAUUCCUGAUACCGUUGGUUAUACUAUUCCCACUGAAUUCGGAAAGUUGAUUGCUGAUAUUAAAGCCAACACCCCUGGAAUUGAAAAUGUUAUCAUUUCAACACACUGUCAAAACGAUUUAGGGCUUGCAACUGCCAACACUUUAGCUGGAGCAUGUGCAGGUGCUAGACAAUUAGAAGUGACCAUUAAUGGCAUUGGCGAGCGAGCUGGAAAUGCUUCAUUUGAGGAGGUUGUAAUGGCUUUGAAAUGUCGUGGCGAGCAAGUUUUUGGUGGUCUUUACACGGGGAUAAGUACACAACAUAUUAUCAUGACUAGCAAGAUGGUAGAAGAGUAUACCGGUCUCCAUGUGCAGCCGCAUAAGGCCAUUGUUGGCUCUAAUGCUUUUGCCCAUGAAAGUGGCAUCCAUCAGGACGGAAUGCUGAAAAACAAAGAUACAUAUGAGAUAAUGUCUCCAGAAGAUAUUGGGCUUCAUCGAGCAAAUGAAUCUGGUAUUGUCCUCGGGAAACUAAGUGGGCGUCAUGCUUUGCAAGCCAAAAUCAUGGAGCUUGGUUAUGAGAUUGAAGGAAAGCAAUUAGAGGACCUCUUUUGGCGUUUUAAAUCUGUUGCUGGAAUGAAAAAGAAAGUAACUGAAGAAGACCUAAUUGCACUAGUAUCAGAUGAAGUUUUCCAGCCACAAGUGUUUUGGAGACUUGGGGAUGCACAGGUAACAUGUGGCAGUCUUGGCCUUUCAACGGCAACGGUUAAACUCAUUGAUGCUGACGGUGAAGAGCACAUUGCUUGUUCUGUCGGCACUGGCCCUGUAGAUGCGGCUUAUAAGGCAGUUGAUCUAAUUACAAAGGUGCCAAUAACUCUCCUCGAGUAUUCUAUGACUGCUGUUACUGAAGGUAUUGAUGCCAUAGCCACCACUAGAGUUCUUAUUCGGAACAACAGUACACCAGACCAUGGUUUAACCGGAGAGAGUGCCAACCGCUCGUAUAGUGGAACAGGGGCAUCUAUGGACAUUGUCAUCUCUAGUGUGAGAGCAUAUAUUGGUGCAUUGAACAAGCUGUUAGGUUUCCAAAAGCUAGUUUCACGGUACAAUAAAACCGAGGGUACUUCUGUUGUCUAGGCCAUUUCCACACAUUGCAUAUAAUAUCUAAGAUCUAAUAUAAAGGCUUUUAUGAUUGGUCAGUUUGACAAAGUAGGUGGUGUUUAUCUUAGAGUUGAACCUAAUGAAAAAUUUGUAGUUAGAUUUCUUAUUUCUUAUGUAUAUUGUUUGUUUGGUGGGAGUAGAUUUAUAUGAAAGACCCAUACUUUCGUUUCAGUGGCUGCGAAUAUAUUGUGACGUUUUAUUAUUCGUGCUGCUAAUAUAUUUUUGGAGUAAAAAGGAAA